AUGUUCACCGGCUUAUCGACGAUACAGCUACUGUUGAUUCUCGCUGGGACGUUCGUGAUAUGGAGAAAUGUUCAAACCAACCUCAUCUCCCCCCUCUGCCACAUCCCCGGACCCUUCCUCGCCCGUCUAACACCCUACUGGCUCGUCUUCAUCGACCUCGCCGGCACUCGAACAACCACCAUCCACCAGCUCCACCAAAAAUACGGCCCCGUCGUCCGGAUCGGACCCAAAGAACUCUCCUUCGCCGACCAAGCCUCCGUAAACGAAAUGUACAGCCAGCAGACCGCGUUCAUGAAAGCGGAGAUCUACGAUUCGAUGAGUGUGAAACCGCUUGGGAUUUUCAGUCUGCGCGACAAAGGGCUGCAUAGUCAGCGGAGGUCGCUGCUGAGUUAUGCUUUCUCGCAGGCGAAUGUCACGACGUGUGCGCCGCUUGUGCAUGCGCAGGUGGCGAAGCUGGUGGGAAAGAUUGGGGCGAAGAAGGGGAUGCCGGUGGAUAUGUUGUUGCUGUUUCGAUUGUUCUCGCUCGAUGUCGUUGGCGAAUUGUUCCUUGGUUCGUCCUUUGGCGGGCUCGAUAACGAAGACCCUCCCCAGUUUCUCCUAGACAUCGAUCAGCAUUUCCUCCUUUCCGGGAUCGAAUGGAACUUUCCGUGGAUCUAUGCUCUGAUGACAAUACUGCCGUUUCAAGGCGUGCAGUGGUUUCUCGGCGCCCGACGGCGGCUGAACGAGUACGGCGAAAACGCAUACAGGACGUACAUCAAGCGUUUCGGCCGGGAGUCGGGUCGCAAAGACCUCCUCACCAAGAUUCUGUCACCAAAGGAUGGCAACCAGGUAUUGACCGAUCGCGAGACCUACACCGAGAUUGGAAAUCUCGUUUUUGCCGGAACGGACACGACAAGCACAACCCUAACGUACCUUUUCUGGGAGCUCACGCGCAAUCCGGAAUGGCAGCAGCGUAUCCGGGAUGAGCUGAGAGGUUUGGACAGGAAUGACAGUUCUUCUGAUGGCGUUCAACUUCUCAAAGCUUCCGAUGCACCAGUCCUAGAAGCAGUGAUCAAUGAGGCUUUGCGACUGCACCCAGCCGCUCCUGCCAGUCUGCCGAGAGCGACGCCACCCGGAGGCGCACAGCUGGGCCUUUACUACAUUCCCGAAGACACCGUGGUCUCCGCGCAAUGCUACACCACCCAGCGCGACCCAACCGCUUUCCCGGAUCCCGAUACAUUCGAUCCCGAAAGGUGGUUGAAGAACGAACAGACAGAUCCAAAAGCAAAGGACCUCUUCAUGCCCUUCUCCAAAGGCACCCGAGCUUGUCUGGGCCGCCCUCUCGCCAUGAUGGAGUUGAGAGAGGCCACUUCGGCUUUGCUGCUGAAGUAUAGUGUUACUGCCGCUCCGGAGACGACUGCGGACAGUAUGGCGAUGAGGGAUCAUUUUCUCGUGCUACCGAAGGGAGGCCGGUGUGAUUUGAUAUUUGAGCCGCUCUAA